AUGUCGCGCCAGACAAGCCUGUUCGAUUAUGCGUUCUCAGGCGGCGGCAGCCGACCUCGCCAACCUCAGGGCCAACGCCCCCAGCAGGCCUCAUCCUCAACACCGUCUCAAUCAUCCUACUUCUCUAAGACCACCAAUAGCAAUGACACCAGCACGGCCGGUUCAUCAUCGCAGGCCACCACAUCAUCCCGCGGCUCUCACCGCGGAGGCGACCGCUCAAACCCCUCCCUCGCCGCCGUCUCAGACGAAACCCGCGCCGAGCUCCCCAAGAUCCUGCCCAACCUCCCGCACCUGGACGCGACAAAAUCAGAAUCGCUGCACCUCUCCGAACUCCCACCCCUCAAAUCCUCAGCGUGCCCGGGCCACAAACGCCCCAAGAUCAAGAUCGUCAACGAGGACACCUUCAACGCGGCCAUCGAGCUCGCCGCGGAACGGCCCGACGGCGGCCGCGUGGCCGUGCUGAACAUGGCCUCCGACGUCGUCGCCGGCGGCGGCUGGCUCAAGGGCGCCGUCGCCCAGGAGGAGGCCAUGUGCUACCGCUCCUCCCUCUACCUCAGCCUGCACAAGCGGUACUACCCCUUCCGGCGCCGCAUGGGGCUGUACACCCCUGACGUGGUGGUCAUCCGCGGCGACAUGGGCGGCGGGCACAAGCUCCUCGUGCCGGGCACGGCCUACGCCGAUUUGCCCGUGGUCAGCGUGCUCAGCAUCGCGGCGAUCCGGAGGCCGGAGGUGAGGAAGGUGAAGGUCGCGACGGCGGCGGGGGCCACGGAGGAGGUGUACGAGUUCGCGAGGCCGAACGAUCGGGUCCUGACGAUGGAUAAGAUGAGGCUGUGUCUAAGGAUGGCGGCGGCGAGGGGGCACGGGUUGCUGGUGCUUGGCGCGUUGGGCUGCGGGGCGUUUAGGAAUCCGCCGGAGGAGGUUGCGAGGUGUUGGCUUGAGGUGCUGGGGGAGGCGGAGUUUUCGGGCGGGUGGUGGAGGGAGGUCUGGUUUGCUGUUUAUGAUCGGAAGAAUGAGGGGAAUUUCGAGGUUUUUGAUGAGUUACUUGGAGGGGUGGAGGUUUGA